AUGGCAUAUCAGACGAAGCAGCUGAUUAUCAACGAGGAUGGCUGGGAGAUUCUUCUCAGCAAGGAUAAAAAGCAGAAGACCUUUUCUGAUGCUGAGAGUCUGACAAUAGAAAACAUAGAGGAACCUGUUAGUCAAGAUUUUAAGAAACUACAAGAUGAGAUUUCCAGUGAAAUGGAAGAACUAUCCAAUUUUUCAAAGGAUAUUCAGGAUAAUUUAUUCCAUAAUAUUUUGGUCAUGCUUGGAGAUUGAGGGGCUCUUCAGGACCUGCAGGACAAGAUGGAACAGUUUCCCCAGGAGGAUUUUGAUAGCCCUGGUGGAAUAAUUCUAAAUGAACUGAGAGACAACUUACAAAAUUUAUGGGUUUAUCCACGAUCCUGCAUCUCUUAUAUGCUUGAAGCCUUGAUGGUGCUGAAUGACACCCAACAUGAGCUGCUGGCGUGGUCCAUGGAGAAGAAGAUCCUGGUCCAUCAGCGGGAGCUGAUAAAGAGUAUCUUGGAGCCCAACUUCAAAUACCCUUGGAGAAUUCCUUUCACCCUUAAACCAGAGCUUCUUACCCCACUGCAGGAUGAGGGUGUGACUGUCACCUACAAACUGCUGGAAGAGUGUGGCCUGAUGAUUGACCUAAGUAGCAAUAGAUCAUUCUGGGAUCUGGAAGCCAAGAUGCCACUGUCAGCUCUGUAUGGAUGCCUCUCACUGCUUCAGCAGCUGGCUGUGCCCUGA